CAAGGACUGUCUCAAGAGUAUAUAAUUAUAUACCAUCACUCACCCUCACCAUUUACAACCACCCAAAUUCAUGAUCGAUAACAUGACUGCUACUGCUGAUCAAUGCAUGCAGUUUUAUCAACAACCUCUCAUGGAUGGCAUGGCUAUGGAUCUAGGAUUCAUGGAUGCAACCAUGUCAUCAUCAGAGGGCAUACUAAGCCCAAGCAAUUCUCACAACAAAACAGCAAGUAGUGGCCACCACUUAACUCCAAAGGGUGGUGCAAUAUUCAAACCAAUCAGAAGGAGAUCUAGAGCUUCCAAGAGAACUCCCAUUACCCUUCUCAAAGCCAAUACCUCCAAUUUUAGGGCAUUAGUACAACAAUUCACUGGGUGCCCUACCACAAUAACAACCAUGUCCUUGGCAAUCCAUAAGGGUCCCAUUACCUUAAAUUUCCAACAAGGUGGAAAACAACAGAUUCAGCAUCACGCAAAAAUAACAAGAGCAAUGCCACCAUUUGGAUCCAUAAGUUCUAAUAACCAGGUGCACCAAGUUUCUGUGCCACUUCCUUGGCAUCAUAAGCAACCAGAACAACUUCCUAAGCAACAGUUGAUGCAAGAGCAACAAAGUAACAGUCUUCCAAGUUCGGGUAACUCAUAUAGGCCAAUUAGUUGCAUGGAUGAUGGAUUUCUCUUUGAUAAUGAUUCUAGUUUGCAAGAACUAACCCUGAAUGCCAUCUCCAAUGAUAUCCAUGGUUUAUUUAUGUGAUGAAAAUUAAUGUCGAUAAAGGAUUCAAUAAUGUAAUAAUUGUAUCUUAGGAAAUUGUUAUGCAAAGUUGACUCCACUUCAGUCAACAGUUAUGCAUGAAAUAUAUCAUAAAUAAAUUAAUGUUUGCCAGCCUGUAAUACGCUUUAAUUUAUU